UCCACACCAAACGCCAUCUUGAAACUGUGGAACUGGUCACAGGAGAGGGAAACGUUGAGGAUACUGCACGCUUGGGAAAAUGCUGUACUGCCGUUCUUGUCCUUGAUACACUCAUGACUUGACAGCAGCGUGUUGUCAAAACUUAUUCGCUGUUGAUUUCAUGUGCGUUUCCCAACGACGUGUCUGAUAACAUUUUGGUUUCUCCAAAGCUGCAAUUGGAUACGAUUUUUACAGGCACUGGUUGCCAGCUUUUACGGUGUGCACAACUAGCUCGUAAAAGCCAACUGACAGAACACAUUGCAAUCCAUUGGGAAGGGGAAAUACAAUGUUUCUGUUUGGAAUUGGAUUAUGCGCUAGCAUAACGUUAACCUUACAUUUUGGAAGGUGAAGACAGCGUCGUGAAGACCAAGAAAUGAGAUGUAUCAAAUAUAACGUUAGUCCACGAAAUGUGGUGUAUUUAAACGUCUUUCUUAUCUAGCUAGCUGACGUUAGAUCAUUUACGAUAUCUAGAAAACUGCGUAAUUUUAAACUACCUGAAGCUAGCUAUCCAGCUAAGAUUGCGGGUUAAUUAGAUAUGUUCAAUGAAAUUAUUGCUAAUUUGACUGCUUAUCAUAUUUACCUGGUUUCGUCUAACUAGGUAAAUUAACAAGAUUGAAUGUAAAGAAAGGGAACAUUAAUGUUAAACACAGUGGAAUAGUUGCCUAGUAUUAUUGCUAGCAACUAGUGCUGUAAGGUGCUACGGAUAGUUAGACCAACCUGCAACAAGUCAGUGAUUAGCUAUGGUUUUAACCAUUUUGUAGCCUCUAGCUAGCUACACAAGUAUCACCUCUUCCAUAUUUUUGGACAUAAUUCUUCAGGACCUUCAACUGUGUAACGUAGUAGCAAGCCUCGUGGCUGGGCAGUGGAUAUUUUGGAGUGGGUCUUCUCAACAAACACCUGUCAACUGGAAAGUCCGUGUUAAUACCACACUAUGUUGACAAUACUAGCUUGCAAACUAGCUGGCUAGUUACAUUUUUCUUUUUUUUUGCACAGACCUUCACAACACACAGUGGAGGAGCAAACCUUUGCAGCUGUGUGUUUAUUUCCCGGAAAUAAAAGGAUUUCAAUUGGAUUGAAAAUGGGAGCCGCUAGUGAGCUGGCGUUUGCUGUUUUUCUCAUCUCGUUUUCCUCAGGUGCAAUCCUGGGUCGCUCGGAUACACCGGAGUGUGUUUACUACAACUCUAGCUGGGAGAAGGAGCGAACCAACCGCAGUGGCAUCGAGCCUUGCUACGGAGAUAAGGACAAGAGGCUCCACUGCUUCGCCACCUGGAAAAACACCUCGGGAACUAUCGAGAUCGUCAAGCAGGGCUGCUGGCUGGACGAUGUCAACUGCUAUGACAGUGAAUGUGUGGAGACGAAAGAGAGUCCGGACGUCUUCUUUUGCUGCUGCGAAGGCAACAUGUGUAACGACAAGUUCCUCUACAGCCCCGACACGCAGGCUGUCCAAAGUAAGUCGUCAUCGACCUCCAACCCGUUUUCCCAGAAGCCUCAGCUGUUCAACACCCUGCUGUACUCUCUGGUGCCCAUUAUGGGCAUCGCCGCCAUCAUCCUCUUCUCCUUCUGGAUGUACCGUCAUCACAAGCUGGCAUACCCCCCCGUCCUGGUGCCAACACAGCACGCCUUUCAUAUAAUGAUAGAGGACCCACUGGGGCCACACACCCCUCCCUCUCCCAUCAUGGGGCAGAAGCCAUUGCAGUUGAUCGAGAUCAAAGCCAGGGGGCGCUUCGGCUGUGUGUGGAAGGCUCAGCUCCUCAAUGACUACGUGGCUGUCAAGGUCUUCCCCAUUCAGGACAAGCUGUCAUGGCAGAACGAGUAUGAGAUCUACAGCCUGACUGGGAUGAAACACGAGAACCUGCUCCACUUUAUCGGUGUGGAGAAGAGAGGCAACAACAUGGACAUAGACCUCUGGCUCAUAACAGCCUAUCACGACAACGGCUCUCUGACUGAUUACCUGAAGGCCAACGUGGUGUCAUGGAACGAGCUGUGCCACAUCUCCCAGACCUUGGCCCGUGGCCUGGCCUAUCUCCACGAGGACAUCCCUGGGCUGAAGGACGGACACAAGCCCGCCGUCGCACACAGGGACAUGAAGAGCAAGAAUGUGCUUCUGAAGAACAACCUGACAGCCUGCAUAGCGGACUUCGGCCUGGCCCUGAAGUUUGAAGCUGGGAAGUCAGCAGGAGAUACCCACGGCCAGGUGGGCACGAGGCGCUACAUGGCCCCUGAGGUGCUGGAGGGGGCCAUCAACUUCCAGAGAGACUCCUUCCUGAGGAUAGACAUGUAUGCCAUGGGGCUGGUGCUGUGGGAGCUGACCGCUCGCUGCACCGCUGCAGACGGUCCUGUGGAUGAGUACACACUGCCCUUCGAGGAGGAGGUCGGCCAGCACCCGUCUCUAGAGGACAUGCAGGAGGUGGUGGUCCACAAGAAGCUACGGCCCUGCCUCAGAGAGUGCUGGCAGAAACACAUAGGCCUUGUGAUGCUGUGUGAGACCAUCGAGGAGUGCUGGGAUCACGAGGCCGAGGCGAGGCUCUCGGCAGGCUGCGUGGAGGAACGCAUCAUCCAGAUGCAACGCCAGACCAACAUCAUCGCCCCCGAGGAGAUUGUCACCGUCGUCACCAUGGUGACCAACGUGGACUUCCCUCCCAAAGAGUCCAGCCUAUGAAUGGACGAACAUUGACUGGACGUGUCAGGUGGUGGACAUGGAGCUAUUUUGAUUGGAUGUUUUCAGGUAUACAUUGAUCUACCAGAGUGGCCCGUUCAGGAUCAUGAACUCUGGAUGAUCCCGGGUUAAACUCUGACCCCUGACCCCCUCAGAUGGGUGUGCUGGCGUGGUGUUUUAGUGCUGUGCGCUACACUACUGUCAUUCAGUAAAUACCUGGCUGUGCCCAACAACACUGGUUUGGUUUCAACCCACUUCAUAGUAUCAUGAUGUGUUGGACUCCCAUAGCGAGCCUCAAACUGUAAAAACGAAUCCUUCAAAAGAACACUAGGUCGUAACAAAAACCUGUGAGCUGGGCAAAAGGGAUAUUUUAUAUGAAGAAAACACUAGGACCUCCUAACAGACUUCUGUUCUAUUUUCUAAGAAAAAGAAGAGGAAGAGUAUGGACUCUACAAGACGAACUCUCACAGCUCAGAAAAGAAAAGGGCAACUUGUUUUAAAAUUCCUUUGCUGUUUUCUUUCUGUGUUUAUAUGAUAAUGAUAAUGACAAUUGUAAUGCCAAUAAGAAACAGCUUCUGAAUGUCACGUGUACUGCUGCUGUACAUAAUAUCAAAACAAUGGUAAUCAAGGUUUAUUUUAGGGGGGGGGAUCCAUUUCCAAGCAUUACUACUUCGAAAGCAAAACCAUAGACCUCCCUCAAGUCAACACGGUAUACCUCAGUUCCAUCUUCAUUACAACACUACAACCAUAGAACUACUAUUGUUUCUAGUUCUGUUAAUUCUAUUUCUAUGAUUACAACAAUCUCUCUGUAAACUAUUCAGAUGACAUCAUUACUUUGGUAUUAUUGAACUAUAUACUGUACAGCUGUGGCAGGUGAAAAUAUAAUAAUUAUCACCACAGUUUUUAAAACUAGUCUGCGGAGAGAUGUAUGACCAUGCAUUUACGCGAGCCUUCUUGUUUUUCUUUGCGAGAAUUCUUUUUGAGCAUUAUUUUGUCCUUCCUUGCGGUUUUAAUUUGUUUUUAUUGUAAACAUUUUAAUCCUACAUUUUAAGAGUAUUUCAAUAACCCCCUAAGUCAUUGAAAUUUUUUAAACACUUAUUUUGGCUUGCUGUGUCAACCGAAUAUUUAAUGAUGUGAGCAUGCCUUUUGGUUAUCCUUUGAUCUUCUUUUAAAAAAAGCUCAGGAAGCUACUCUUCUGUCUCUCUUGACUCCCUAGUUAUUACCCAUCUUUAUCUCCCAGUCCCUAGCUACUACCCUUCUGUCUCACCCUGUCUGUAGCUACUACCCUUCUGUCUCACCCUGUCUGUAGCUACUACCCUUCUGUCUCACCCUGCCUGUAGCUACUACCCUUCUGUCUCACCCUGUCUGUAGCUGCUACCCUUCUGUCUCACCCUGUCUGUAGCUACUACCCUUCUGUCUCACCCUGUCUGUAGCUACUACCCUUCUGUCUCACCCUGUCUGUAGCUACUACCCUUCUGUCUCACCCUGUCUGUAGCUACUACCCUUCUGUCUCACCCUGUCUGUAGCUACUACCCUUCUGUCUCACCCUGUCUGUAGCUACUACCCUUCUGUCUCACCCUGUCUGUAGCUACUACCCUUCUGUCUCACCCUGUCCGUAGCUACUACCCUUCUGUCUCACCCUGUCCGUAGCUACUACCCUUCUGUCUCUCCAGUCCCUAACUACUACCCUUCUGCUUUGAGACGCGGGUGAACCAUCUCUUCCUGGUGUCAUCUCAACCAUAGCGUUAAAACAUCUCUACUUCUAGCCUCUCUAUCAUCUCAACUCGGUUGAGCCUUUAAUCAGUGUGACAACGUUACUACUGUAGACCCACCCUGGGCAAAACUAGGAUGUCUCUCGUCAUCCUUCCGGAAUUUGAUUUGUGAAUGUGUUCCAUUUCUAGCUUGUUGUAUGAGUUCAGAUUUGUCUUCUGGGUGACAUUGACACGGAUGAUCUCUCUUCACACCUAGUCAGUGUUUAAACUGGAACUACAACAACGUUCAGGGAUUCAAUACUAUGCUUUUCAGUAAUUACUACAGUAUAUGCAACUCAUGCAGAAUGGUGCAAGUGCGUACGUACUUGCAUUGCUGCAGGAGCGACUUUCACACCACUGUAGCAUUUUUUUAAACAGUUAAUCUUGUCUAUUGAUCUUUUAAUUAUUUGCAGACCUGAGCUUUUGAGUAUUAGACAGAGAGCAGGUGGGCAGGUGCCAAAUCAAACUAUUACUUUACCUCUUAUCUGAAAGACAGUGGAACGGACUUAGGGAAGGCCCAACUGCAUUACUAGAUUGUGUCUGUACUCUCGGGGUAAAGGCUGCAGUUGGCCAGUGGUCUCUCAGCGGAUGUAGGCUCUAUCACAAUUAGUCUUUCCUUGGUUCCUCACAUCCUGUCGCCUUGCCUAAUAUGGUUGAGGAGGAGGAGAGAGGAUGUGAGGAUUCAAGGACAUUUUAAUUGAGAAAGCCGUAGAAUGGUGGCCGUUACUGUGAAUCCCCCCCCCCCCCCCCCCCCCCCCCUCCCUACACACUGGAACCCUGUAGUGCUCAGCAAUACCACUAGCAAGCAAAGGGCAUUGGAGGAAGAGUGGAAGGGGCACGCGUUUCCAAGCAGUUAGCGGUGAACCAACAAUCAGAUAUACAAUCACUACAGUACUACUGCAUUAUUUUGAUUGUCGUAUGUGCUUUUGAGAAAAAAUAAAUAUGUAGCCAUGAUGUGAUCCUCUUGAUUUCUGGUAUUUUGAGGGUAUAAUUUUGUGUACCUGAUUUUUAUUUUUGAACCACAGCUACUUGUACAGAGAUGAUUUCACAGACGUUUUAAACCUCAAACCACACUACAAUCUUCUUAGUUGAUCAGACCUUGGCCUGAUUUUCUUUCAGAUCAACUUCAGAAAGCCCAAUAACAUUUGACUUCAGAUUGACUGGAAUAUUGAAAUGCACAUUAUGUAAAUAUACAUGUCAUAUUGGAUAUAGCAUGAGGUUGUUUCUAUUGUUUUUAGAAUAUAUCACAAAGAAGCAAAAAAAUCCCUGAUGAAUUCAUUAUUCCAUAAUAAGAUUUGACCUGUUUUAUUUUUUUCAAUUGUUUCAAUUUAUGGCCCAAAACGGUCACUCUUUCUUCCACAGAUGAGACUCAUUUCUUUCUAAGGUGGUCUGAUAAAUUCCCUCAAAUGAAACCCUGAAUCAAUAGUUUUACCAUUUUGACACUACUGAGGUGAGCCGAACCGAGUCGGACUGGGGUGGCCUGGUUAAGCAUCCACCAUAGUUGCUGAAAAUGAAAAUGACAUUGUGAUCGGAAAAUAUCAGAGCCAGCAAAUGAUGGUUUGGGUUGGCUCAGUAGUGUGAAACCGGUCAUUGUUUUACCUCAGACAUCCUAGCUCAGACCCCAGAUGUUACUCUACAGCAUUGAGAUACCAUUGCUACAAUAUUCCAGCAGUGUUGCAAGAAUGUUAUCCCUUGUAUGUGACCAGCAGACAGUGUUUUCUGUAACACACUUCCUCUCAAAACAACACAAAACCUAAACCUAGGUUAGCUUCAGUUCUGUAUUUGCUGAUAGUCAACAGUGUGACUUGGCACAAAUGACUGUUCAAUUGGCUAGUGGACUUGCCAAUCAUUUUUAUGCUUUGCAAGUUAUUUAACAAACUUUUUCAGAUGCCUGGUUGGAAGUGGAUGUUAAAUAUUGUACAGAGAAAUUGUAUGCUAUUGUCCCUAAAAUAAAGUAUAGUGACUGCUCAUUG